GUGAGUCGGUGCAGUUGUCUGUGAUUUUAGUCAUGCUUUGCUCAGCAGAGAAGUGAGAGGGGGCUGCAGGAGUGAAUGAAGCGCACACUGAAGCUGAUCGCCUCCCGACGAGCGGAAAAAGACUUGAGAGAGAGAGAGAGAGAGAGAGAGAGAGCAGGGAGCGGACGGGCUGCAGAGAUUUUACAUGUCAAACAUUUCUUUACAGUGGCAUUUCUACGCACUGAAGUGGGAGGACGCUUACAAUUUGUAAUGCUGAAAUAUGAGAAAACGGAACCGGGGCGGGUGAAGGCACAUGGGAGAGGACUGUCCGUGUACUGUGGGCUCUAAAAGAAAAAAAAAAAGAAAAAAAAAAAAACACGAUUUACUUGGAACUGGAUUUUGCCGAAGUGGGAUGAUUGCAAAAAGUUGAUCUUCGGUUCCGGACGAAGCUAUGCACAGUGCUCCCUCCAGCCAAACCUCAAUGGCCAGACUGAUAGGAGUGUAGAUAACAGACUAAAUAUUUCAUUUAAGCCUUUCAUCACAGCUCUAAGGUCCAACCUCUCUCACAGGAGCGAGAGCAGAUAUCCAGCACAAUCUUGGUGACUGAGGCCAACAUGUUGCGGUUGUCUUCUUUGACUGUUUUAUGGACAUUGUUCAUCUGCAACGCGAGCAGAAGUUCUGCACAGGAAAGACAGGGUUAUUUGGUUGCAGCUCCCUCUGUGUUUCGAGCAGGUAUUGAGGAGUCCAUAAGCAUAACCAUGUUCAACUCGAAAGCAGAGACACGAGUCCAGGUGCAGCUGUCGGUAAAGGGGCAGGCGGUCGCCCACAGCCAUGGCUCGGUGCUUGAUAAAGGCACCAUCAAACUAAAGGUUCCCUCUGGACUGAGAGGCCAGGCCCAUCUGAAGGUGUGGGGGAACCGUCACCUCAUAGAAGGAGGCUACAUCUUUCACAACUACACCACUGUCACGUUAGAGAGCAAGGGCACAGCUGUCUUCAUCCAGACUGACAAGCCUGUCUACAAACCCAAACAUAAAGUGUUCAUCAAUGUUUACACAGUCACCCCUGACCUGAGGCCAGUAAAUGAGAAGGUUGAAGCAUAUGUUUUGGAUCCAAGAGGGUCCAGGAUGGUCCAGUGGAAAGGUCUAAAAUCUGUCUGCUGCGGGGUUGUGAACAUGAGUUUCCCUCUGUCUGACCAGCCUGUGUUUGGAGAGUGGUUUAUCUUUGUUGAGGUGCAGGGCCACACCUAUAACAAGUCAUUUGAAGUGCAGAAAUAUGUGAUGCCAAAAUUUGAAUUGAUGAUUGAUCCACCACGCUACAUUCGUGACUUGAAAUCAUGUGAACAGGCCACUGUGAGAGCAAAGUAUACUUUUGGGAAGCCAGUGACAGGCAAGCUGACUGUGAAUAUGACAGUGAAUGGAGUGGGCUAUUACCGGCAUGAGAUGGGCCAUCCGGUCAUUAAAACUAUGGAGAUCAAAGGCUCUGCCAACUUCAGCCUGUGUGUCAAGGACAUGAUGCCUUUGGACGUUGCUGAUCACUUCAGGGGCACCGUGAGCAUUUGGGCCUCUGUGACUAGCAUUGAUGGAAGCAGGCAAACCACAUUUGAUGAUUCAACACCCGUCCAUAAACAGCUCAUUGACAUCAAGUACUCUAAGGACACACGCAAACAGUUCAAGCCUGGUCUGCCAUACAAAGGCAAGAUUGAAGUAACGUUCCCUGAUGGGAGCCCGGCUGAUGGAGUAAAGGUGCGGGUUAAGGCCGAACUAACACCAAAGGACAAUGUCUACACCAGUGAACUGAUCUCCAAGGAUGGCCAGGCCACAUUUGAGAUCCCGUCCAUCCCCACUGCUGCUCAGUAUGUCUGGCUAGAGACAAAGGUGACAUCCAUUGAAGGCAAGGCAGUAGGAGACCAGUACCUGCCCAGCUAUCUGUCCAUCAGCAGCUGGUACUCACCCAGCAGGUGUCACAUUCAGAUUCAGAGCCCCAGUGCCCCUCUAAAGGUCGGCCAAGAGGCAGAGGUGGCUCUCAAGUCCACUUGUCCCUGCAACUUCACCCUGCACUAUGAGGUUGCAUCCAGGGGAAACAUUGUUCUUUCAGGCCAUCAGCUUGCCAACCUCACAGCUUUACACAGAGGAAAAAGGGCUACAAUCACCUUCGACAAAAACAUUCACACUACACACCUGCCUCCUGCUUCUGGCUCUUCACCUCAGGCAGAGAUGGACAGCUGUGUGUCUUAUCUGCGUUUCCCUGUGAGCCACAGUAUGGCACCUCUAAGUCGUCUGUUGGUCUAUUAUGUAAGAGAAAAUGGCGAGGGCGUCACAGACAGUUUGCAGAUCCCUGUCCAGCCAGACUUUGAGAACCAGGUGUCUGUAUCUUUAUCCACUAAUGAGUCCAUGCCGGGGGACUCAGUGAGCCUGCAUGUUCGUGGAGAGAAGGGUUCCUGUGUGUGUGUGGCCACCGUGGACAAGAGCCUUUACCUAUUAAAACCUGGCUUCCAGCUGAGUCCAGACAAGGUGUUUAAAGAGCUAGCAGAGUUUGAUCUUUCCGAUGCCUUUGGUGUUCCCAAGGAUGAUGGACAUUUUUGGUGGCCGGGGCUGUCAUCAAGAAGACGCAGGCGGUCUUCCGUGUUCCCAUGGCACUGGGACAUCACCAAGGACGCACGUUUUGCAUUUACAGAAACAGGGCUGGUUGUGAUGACAGAUAUGGUGAGUUUAAACCACCGGCAGAGUGGAGGCAUGUACACAGAUGAGGCCAUUCCUGCUUUUCAACCUCAUACGUCCACCUUAGUGGCUGCCAUGCACUCCCGCCCUCUGUCUAGAGCAGAGAAGCGUAGGCGAACAUUUUUCCCAGAGACUUGGGUGUGGCACUGCCUCAAUGUCAGUGCUGAAACUGGGGAAGCUGAGCUGAGGCUGGACGUACCCGAUUCGAUCACUUCAUGGGUGGCAGAAGCCGUCGGCCUGUCUGAAGGAAGUGGUCUGGGCUUGGCAAAGAGGGCGGAACUUCGUACCUUCAAGCCAUUUUUUGUUGACUUCACUUUGCCUUACAGCUUAAUCAGAGGAGAGCAGACCAAAGUUCCCCUCACUGUCUACAACUACCUGCCAACCUGUUCUGAGGUUCAUGUUAAAAUCUCCGUUCCAAAGGGCAUUAAGUUUGUCGGCCAUCCUGGAAAGCAUCAUCUUACUCGAAAGAAGUGUGUCGCUCCUGGGGAGGCUACCCCCACAUCCAUUGUGUUGUCUUUUACUGAGCUGGGGUCUGCUAAUAUCACAGCCCGGGCCAUAGCAUACAGUGAACCGAGCUGCUGCUCAGAUGGAUUCCAGACUGGCAAGACAGGCAAUGAUGUGGACGAAAGAAGGACCCCGACUGGAUUGGACUUUGUACGCAGGACUGUUCUGGUGGAGCCAGAGGGCCUGCCCAGAGAAUACACUUACAGUGUCUUCUUCUGUCCAAAUGAGAAGAUCCACAUUUCUACUCCCAACAAGUAUGAGUAUCAGUAUGUGAAAAAGCCAGCCAGGAUGAACCAGUUCCAAGUGGCGGUGAAGACCCACAAUGAUGCACAUUUUGCCCUCUCUGCUAGCCCUCAUGAUAGUGCAGAGAUGAUAGAGAUUGUACUUGGAGGUAGACAGAACACCCGCUCUUGGAUCUCUAUGGGCAAGAUGGGGGAACCCCUGGUCACUGCCUCCACACCAGGCAUCCUUUCCUGGGAUGAGUUCCGUAGUUUCUGGAUCAGUUGGAAAGGAGGGGUGGUACAGGUGGGCCAUGGUUUGCACACAUCCAAUGAAUCAGUGAUCCUCCAAUGGGCUGGACACAUACCUGGACAGGUUCGUCACAUAGGCUUCUCAACAGGUUGGGGUUCAGUUGGGGAGUUUAAGAUCUGGAGGAAAGAAGAUUCUGAUGAGAACCACAAUGAGGCUUUUACUCUGGGGGUCCCAUACAAUGUGGUGCCUGGUUCUGAAAGGGCCACAGCAUUUAUGAUUGGGGAUGUUAUGGGGCCAACUCUGAACAAUCUGGACAAACUAUUAAGGCUGCCAUUUGGGUGUGGGGAGCAGAACAUGAUCCACUUUGCACCCAACGUCUUUGUCCUCAAGUACCUGCAGAAGACCAGGCAACUCAGCCCUGAGGUGGAGAAUGAAGCAACUGACUACCUACUACAAGGCUACCAGCGACAGCUAACCUAUAAACGUCAAGAUGGAUCCUACAGUGCCUUCGGAGAAAGGGAUUCCUCUGGCAGUAUGUGGUUGACAGCAUUUGUGCUGAAGUCAUUUGCUCAGUCUCGGGGUUUCAUCUACAUUGACCCAGAGGAACUUCGUGCAGCCAAGUCCUGGCUCAUAAAACAUCAACGAGAUGAUGGCUCCUUUCCUGCCAUGGGACGCAUCCUCAACAAAGACCUACAGGGAGGGAUACACGGGAAAAUUUCACUUACAGCUUAUGUGGUAGCAGCUCUCUUGGAGACAGGAAUAACUACAGAGGAAGAGAAGGUGGCAGUGGCCAGAGCCAAGGAUUUCCUGGAGAGCAAUACUUACUCCGCUGAUGACCCGUACACCACAGCCCUGUCAGCGUAUGCUUUAGCUCUGCUACGGAGUCCAUACACCCCGCUGGCUCUGCGCCGCCUUAACCACAUGGCCAUCACACAAGAUGGGCACACCCACUGGAGUUUGACUGGCAGCACUAUGACUGAUGAAGACACUUUCAUGGGGUUUAGCGAUGGCCUUUCACAGUCAGUGGUGUCAGCAGAGGUGGAGAUGACAGCCUAUGGUCUUCUUACCUACACCUUGCUUGGGGAUGUGGCCUCUGCACUGCCUGUUGUCAAAUGGCUCUCCCAGCAGAGGAAUGCCUUGGGGGGCUUCUCUUCCACACAGGACACUUGCGUAGCUCUUCAGGCUCUGUCAGAGUACGCCAUCUUGUCCUAUGUCGGAGGGGUCAACCUCACUAUCUCUCUGGCCUCCACCAACCUCGAUUUCCAGGAGACUUUUGAACUCAACAGAGACAACAAGAAACUCCUUCAAAGUGCCAAGAUUCCCAGUAUCCCCACAGGCCUUUUUGUCAGUGCCAAAGGAGAGGGCUGCUGUCUCAUGCAGAUAGACGUGUCUUACAAUGUACCUGAUCCAAUAUCUAAGCCAGCCUUCCACCUCAGGGUGGACCUGAAAGAGCCCCAAGAACGACAUCUGCAGCCCCCUUCUUCCCCCUCCUCCUCUUCUUCUUCCUCCUCUUCCCGUCAUACCAACUCACGCCCACGGAGUCGUGCUGACAACCGCUCCGAGCUCAAUCGGAAGCGUCGGGCGCCUAUAGAUGACGAUGAUCCAGCAGCCCACCAGGACAAAAUGGACUUCCACAUUUCUUUGGAAGUCUGUGCCAGGUGGCUCCACUCAGGUUCAUCCAACAUGGCCGUCAUAGAAGUUCCCAUGCUCUCUGGUUUCCGAGCAGACAUGGAAAGUCUAGAAAGGCUACUGAUGGACAAGAGAGUGGGUCUGAAACGAUAUGAGCUGAGUGGAAGAAAAGUGCUGUUCUACUUUGAUGAGAUCCCUAGCCAAUGUAUGACGUGUGUGGCCUUCCAAGCUGUCAGGGAAUACAUUGUUGGCAAGACAGCGCCUGUUCCGGUCAAGAUCUAUGACUACUAUGAACCAGCCUUUGAGGCCACCCGUUUCUACAACGUCAGCGAGAGCAGUCCUCUGGCGCGGGAGCUGUGUGAUGGACCUACCUGUAAUGAGGUGGAGAGUUCAACCAGUCAGUGGAUAGGUUUUGUGCAGGGAAACCAGUGCAACAACGUGUUUGGGUGUCUGGAGGAGGAACAGUUUGAGCGCUGCACUUGCUAUAGGGACUGCGGCUAUGAUGGAGAACCGGUUUGUGGGUCUGAUGGGCAACUCUACCAGAACCAGUGUCAGAUGGAAGUGUUCGCCUGUCGAAAUGGGACGCGCAUCAAGCAGGUUCCACUGUCCCAGUGUCCACACAUGGUGACCACAGUGGGAGACAAGCAACCAGUAGCAAAUCAGGAAACUGAGCAGCCCUCUGUACCUGUGCACACAGGUGAAGAGGAGCAGGUGUCCAUGGCGGAGGAGUCCUACUAUUCUUAUGAGUAUGAUCCUGACUCAGAGCCUUUCCUCGCCGAUGCAGAGGGAGGGGACCAUUUUGACCUUCCAGUAGGUGGGGAGGAUGUAGAGCAGAAGGUUCUCCUUCCAAUGGAUACUCAGCUACCCACACCAGACACAAAAAACAGCCCAGAGCGAUGAAACGCUGACAGAGUGAAACCACGCCCACCUCCAAAUUGUACAUUAUUUGUGAAUAUGCUCGUGAAUGGGAAGAGAAGAGAGAGACUGGCUCAGCCUGAACAGAGGAGAUGCUGGAGGAUGGAGAGUGACAGGUCGACUGGUGUGAGUCAGUGUGUGUGUUUGAUGUGUUUUGUGUGUGUGUGUGUGUGUGUGUGUGUGUGUGUGUGUGUGUGUUUGGAUGUCACUUUGGGCAAUUGUUAUUAAGCUAGAGUCCUCCAGGCUUUUAUUUUUUUCCUCCAGACUCAUAGUCACCAAUGGGCAUCAUAGCAUCUUUGUUAUUCACUGUACUGCCUUUAUAAUCACUAGAAGAAAUAAUCAAGUAUUUAUAUUUGUAAUUACACCUGACGUUAAGCAAAAAUAUUUUGUUAUAUUUUCUAUCUGUGGUAUUUAUUUGUAGCUAGAGGUCAUAUCCUUUAUAUUUUUCUGUCAUUGCUCAUCCAUACUGUUUUUGCCCUGUUACCUUAUGUUUCAGCUCUGUAUGUGCUGUCAAAGGGAUUUUCCUUUCAUAGCAAGCUUUAACCUGAUUAUUGAAAUGUUUGAUAAAAUUCUUGUGCUGGUAUCCUGCUGGAAGUAGACAUAUGCUAACCAUAUGCUUUACAGAAACAUAAGCUCAAAUGUUUUUUUUUUUUUGUUUUGUUUUUUUGUUUUGUUUUUUUGGAGGGGAGGGUGCCUUUCAUUGACAGCACAGCAGAGAAUGACAGGAAACAUAAGGAAAGAGACAAAGAGAGUCUGACAUGCAGCAAAGGUCUCUGGACAUCUCAAACAAUGGAUUACGAGAAGACAUGUAUCUUAAACCACUGGUCCACCAGGACGCUCCACCUUAAAUGUUUCUGACCCUAUCAAACCAAGAUACCAAUGUCUACUCUCGUGUCACCUUUACCUACUUCAAGAUUUGAUUGUACAGUUUAUAAGCUAUUGUUUUUGUUAAAUUUUGGAUUCGUGAAGCAACCAACUCAAAAUCAAGAAUGAAGUCUUUUAAUUUCUGUAAAUGUACCAAAUUUAAAUAAAUGUAGCCCCGUAUGCAUAUCAAAUAUUGUGCUUUUUGAACAAACAAGAAUAAAAUGUCUACAAUCCAA